GACGAGAAUCCAAAGUUUGAGAUAGGAUUUUCUCCUUUCUAUUUUAUUUCGUAUCCCUUAUAUAAUAUUCAGUGCAGAAGCAUCCUCUACAAAUAUCUGAAUAAUUAUGAUAAGAACGUCACGUAUAGCCCUCUGGUCAACAUCAACAAUUUAAAUAUAAAAACUUACGUCAUAUGCAUUUUUAACAGCUUGCACCAGAUUUACCACGAUGAGGGAAUAAGCGGAUUAUACAAGGGGUUAAUACCCAUGCUGGCUCACAUUGUAUCGAAGAAGUCCAUUUAUUACCUACUCGAAAAGAUACAUUUUUUUAUUUGGAGCAGAAGGGGCAGAGAAAAACAGAGAAGCCCAUACAACAGCGGAAAGGCGUCCCGCAGUUAUGAACACAAAUUCACGGACGAUGAGAGUCGUGAAGACGACCGCGAAAAUGCGAGCAACUUCAUCGGGGACGAGAUCAACUUCCAAGUUGUGCAGCAGAUGGAUAUGGUCAGGGACGAUGACGACUCUGUCAAGAAGAAAAAGAAAAAAAAAUACUUCCACCUGUCCUUUUAUCACAGCUUUUAUGAGUACCUCAGCUGCAUCCUGUCUUACCCCCUCCUGAACAUAUCGACCAAGUUGAUCGUCUUCCAGAACAAUUCUGUGUCGUUAAUGAAUAACCUAAAAACCAUCGUCCACCUGACCUACAUGUACGAUGGAGUCAAAGGCUUCUUCAAGGGACUAAACAGCUACCUGCUCAUACAGUCGACGGAGAAGAUACUUAACUGCUUUCUGUACCGAGCCUUUUCUGACAGCUGCUCGUAUGAGAAGGUUCUCACCAUUAAGGUGGUCCUAUCAACAUGCCUGAACACCAUCAUAGCGCCGUACAUUCAGUACUCCAUCCUUAGCAGGUCCCAGUCGCUCGUGCCGGGCCUUUGCAAAGACACAACCUUUAACCAUUUUUUUUGCAACUUCCACUGGAAGAGUCACCUAUCAAAUGUAUCCAUCGGAUUAAUCGUUGCUGGAGUUCAGUUGAUCAUCAUCGCGCUAAUUCCGAAGGAUACCCCCAAGAACGACGAAGUUGUGGACCAGGAAAAGGACGAGUACUUCUGA